AUGACACAAUCCGCGAGAAAAAGUCUCGCUGGCAAAUACCUUACUACGAUUGACGCUGCAAGAGAACAGCUUUCUGGCUUGGGACUGGAAUUACUGAUUGAUAAAGACAGUCUAUUCCCCCGACGGUCUUCCCACUUCCAAUCACUUCCUCAGGCGCUUCUUCUUUCCCCUGAUUCAACCCUCCCCAUCAGAGACUUCCCUUCAUUACCGAACGGGCCAAGAGGCAAUAUCUUCGUGACCUAUACGCGAAAGCAUGUCCAGAGCCUGGAGCUCCGAUCGGCCCGGUUCGCCACCCAAGGGUCCAUAUGCUUGUGCGUCGCAACAACCCAAAUCAGUUUGCGCUCCAUGGUACUCCCUCAAGGCCAGCACCGAGUUCUCAAGGGAUGCUUGGCAGGCGACGCCGACCAGCUGUCACUCGACUCCGUCCAUCUCGGCAAAGGAGGCGCCGGUUUCAAUAUCGCCCAUACCCCCCUGUCCGACGCAACCGAGUCAGAGGAGCUUGAAUCGGAGUAA